UCGUUCGUUCGCGAGCUAGCGAACGGUUAGGGAGAUGUCGUCGGCGGGCGGGGAGGAGGACAAGAAGCCGGCCGGCGGCGACGGCGGCAUCCACAUCAACCUCAAGGUCAAGGGCCAGGAUGGCAAUGAGGUGUUCUUUCGUAUCAAGCGGUCCACCCAGCUAAAGAAGCUGAUGAACGCCUACUGUGAUCGCCAGUCUGUUGAUAUGAAUGCCAUUGCAUUCCUGUUUGAUGGCCGUAGGCUUCGUGCUGAGCAGACCCCUGAUGAGCUUGAGAUGGAAGAUGGUGACGAGAUCGACGCCAUGCUUCACCAGACUGGAGGCUGCCUGCCUCUAAUUGCGUAAAGAAGAUGCCGCAGCCUCUUCAUUCUCGGCCUAGGAAGACUCUAAUCUAUCUUUAGAGCUUAUGAAUGGAAGUCUAAAAAGAACUUGUGAAGCUUUGGUCCUGUCCCUUAGCUGAAGGACAUUAGGGAAGCUUUGUCUUUUUAGUAGUAAGAUGAUGAGUACUUGAGCCUGUCAUGACUUGUUUAUCCACCACCUAAUAUAUCCAUCCAUUUAUCCAA